AUGUCCUGCUACGAUCAGUGCCAGCAGUGCCAACCCUGUGGCCCGACCCCACUGGCCAGCAGCUGCAAUGAGCCCUGCGUCAGGCAGUGCCAAAACUCCACCAUCGUCAUCCAGCUGUCUCCUGUGGUGGUGACCCUGCCCAGCCCCAUCCUCAGCUCCUUCCCACAGAACACUGUUGUGGGAUCCUCCACCUCCGCCGCCAUUGGCAGCAUCCUCAGCUGUGACGGAGUCCCCAUCAACUCCGGGUGCUGUGACCUCUCCUGUAUUGCCAGCCGCUACUGUGGCAGCAGGUGCCGCCCCUGCUAA